GCCGCUGUCAGGAGAGUGCGACUUUCGCGGAGCACCUACACAGCUGCCGGGUCCGCGGGCUUUAAUCCCCCUUCCGUGGAAUAAUUCGCGCGAGCGAGCGAGCCCUCGGUCUCGUUGGCCACGGACUCGGGGGGGAGAGGCGCAGGAAGGACGCGCGCGCGCGAGAUCUUUCGCGCGACGAAGGUGACAGGUCGGGGAGUCGGGCGCGCGGGUUUCGUUACGCGGUCGCGGACUAUAAGCCGGCAGCCGUCGUCGUCGUCGUCGUCGUCGUCGUCGUGCCCGAUCCCUCUCGCGCUCGUUCGUCGUCGCCGUCGUCGUUAUCGACGUCGACGUCAUUCGGUCGCGAAAACCGAGAGUGUGGCACCCGGCGCGCCGUGCCGACGCGGCUCGGUCGGGGAAAUCGGCGCCCUCUCCUUCGUCGAGAACGAACGGGAGAGGAGAAACGUAGACGGAGGACGUAGAGUAUCCCGUCAGAGGGAGAGCGAGAGACGCGAUACCCGAGCCGCUCGCGCAUACGCACGCACGCACGCACGCUCGCUCGCUCGUUCUCGCGCCGCGAGUGCUCACCGUCAUCGUCGCUCAACAUCGUCGUCGUCGUCAUCGUCGCAGCCGCCGCUUGCCGGGACGAGAGUCGUCCCUCUCUCUCUCUCUCGCGCGCACGGGUCGAGCCUCGCCUAAACUGCUCCUCCUCUCCCGGAUCCCGGUCGGGUCGAGCAGGACCGCCGACCGUGCUCCUGCCGGAAACCGUUCUCCCGGAAUAUCGAUCAAAUAGCCUGAGAACCGAGUGAAAAACUAGUCCGGGAAGAACGAGAGAGAGAGAGAGAGAGAGAGAGAGAGAACGCGAGAAAAAGGGUGUCGGUGGCGGAGAGAAGAAGAGACAAAAAAGAGAGAGAUACGGCGAGAGAAUCCCGAUACUACUACGUCGCUCCAGGAUACGCGGAAGGAGACGCAGCUGAAUCGCACGGCUAAAUCGGCGCAAGGGUGGCGGUGGUUAGGGCCGCGUACGGGUGGCUGCGGUCGCCCAGGUAGUUAGGGGAUCACUCGGUGCCGGUUGCCGCCGCAGUAGUAGAGUUGUUAUCGGUGACUACGAAGACGAAAACGACGAAGACAAGGACGAGGAGGAGGACGGCGGUGGUGGUGGUGGCGGAGGAGGAGGAGGAGGAGGAGGCGGCGGCGGAGGAGGAGACGGUGAAGGAGGCAGUGCCGGUAUUAGUGGUGUCAGUGGUGUCAUCGGUGGCGAAAGUGUUUACGGUGGUUGUGGUGGUGGUGGUAUCGGCUGCUGUGGUGACGACGGCGACGGCCGCGGCCGCGGGUGCGAAGUGCGACGAGGAGGACGGGAUUAAGGAGGAGGAGGAGGAGGAGGAAGCGGAGGAGGUGGAGGAGGAGAGGAGGUGGUGGUGGUGGAGGAGAACAAAUUACGCCGGGAGGUCGUUUCACCCUCUUCGUGGCGACGGGGCCGCUUAUACCUGGCCGCCGGCCUCUUUAGCAGCCGCUGGUGAGAGAGGAAGUGCGUGAGGGUGGCAUUUGUAAAGGCAACGUGUAGCAAGAUGGGCUGUGCCAUGUCCGCGGAGGAGCGGGCCGCUCUGGCCCGCAGCAAGCAGAUCGAGAAGAAUCUCAAGGAGGACGGUAUCCAGGCGGCCAAGGACAUCAAGCUCCUGCUGCUCGGAGCGGGUGAGUCCGGCAAGAGUACGAUCGUGAAACAAAUGAAAAUUAUCCACGAGAGCGGCUUCACGCCGGAAGACUUCAAGCAGUACAGACCCGUCGUGUACAGUAACACGAUACAAUCUCUAGUCGCUAUUCUCAGAGCAAUGCCUAAUCUGGGCAUCAGCUUUUCAACCAACGAGCGAGAGACGGACGCAAAAAUGGUAUUUGACGUAAUACAAAGAAUGGAAGAUACGGAACCUUUUAGCGAAGAAUUGCUCGCAGCUAUGAAGAGGCUGUGGUCCGAUAGUGGAGUGCAAGAGUGCUUUGGCAGGAGCAACGAGUAUCAGUUGAACGACUCCGCGAAAUACUUCCUCGACGACUUGGAUCGAUUAGGAGCGAGGGACUACCAGCCAACGGAACAAGAUAUUCUCAGGACCCGAGUGAAAACGACGGGAAUCGUGGAAGUCCACUUUUCAUUCAAAAACCUCAACUUCAAAUUAUUUGACGUAGGUGGUCAAAGGAGCGAGCGUAAGAAAUGGAUACAUUGCUUCGAGGAUGUAACUGCAAUUAUCUUCUGCGUGGCAAUGUCCGAGUACGAUCAGGUCUUGCACGAGGACGAAACGACGAACCGAAUGCAAGAGAGCUUAAAACUGUUCGACUCGAUCUGCAACAACAAGUGGUUUACCGAUACCUCGAUUAUCCUCUUCCUGAACAAGAAGGAUCUCUUCGAGGAGAAGAUCCGCAAGUCUCCUCUCACAAUCUGUUUUCCCGAGUACACUGGUGCGCAGGAGUACAGCGAAGCGGCUGCGUACAUCCAGGCACAGUUCGAAGCGAAGAACAAGUCGACCACGAAGGAGAUUUACUGCCACAUGACCUGUGCCACCGACACGAACAACAUUCAAUUUGUGUUCGACGCAGUCACAGACGUCAUUAUCGCCAAUAAUCUGCGCGGCUGCGGUCUCUACUAGGCUAAUUCUGUAUUCUACGUUAAGCGCAAACAGAGGAGGAAAAACGUUACCCAUGACAUAUGGCUGGCCGGACGGUAUUCUUCAAUGGGUUCGUGGCUCGUCUCGGUUCCACUCCGACGCGAGAAUGAGAGAUAGAGAGAAAGAAAAAAAGACGACCCCUUUUGUUAUCAACGCUGGGCAGAAGCGUAGCGCGGAACGUUUAGUUUGUCUUGUCUUGUACUAACGAAUCCGAGAAGCCGACAUCGUCAAUCGUUCGUGAUGUCGGUCGGUGAAACGAGGCACGCUCCUUGGCGAAGGCAGCGAGGAAGAACGCGUGUUCCAAGAACGAGACUGCGAGCCAUCGUCUGGUUCCGAUCCUAGGACGGAGCCAGACGUCGUUUUCACAGGAAACGAGACCGAAGCGAUCGAAGACGGUUUCGCGGGCGAUGUCGCAAUCUUAGCAUAUGUAUCGGAGAAAUGAAAGGGAUCUUAAUUGUUCUUAAGCUUGUAUCUGUCGACGGUGACGAAUAGUACACGCCGUGCCCUGUACAAAAUUGAGAGGGUCGCGGAGAUCGAGAAGCUUGGGCCCAUCGGCGUUAAGGAUCGUCGAACAUCUUUUGUACCGCGCGAUUUUCGACUUCAUUCUCGUUUCGCUAUAGAAACGCUCGAGCAUUCCAUGACGCUCCACAAAGAGGAAGAGAGCAAGAGUUCACGCGUGCGCGCCACGCGCACAAGUCGAAAUCUUUUCCCACAACUUUCGCACACAGAUUUUACUAAGCGCACCCUCGGAGUUCGGUUUAUAUACACACACACACACACACACAUACACACAUAUACACGUUCAUAUAUUCUCUUACGUCUCUCCUUUCAUCGAGGAACAAAUUUGCACGCGAUCGAGGCGCAUCUCUCGGGAGCGCCGACAUGCGCUUUUUCAGAUUUGCAUUUUGAUAAGCGAAGUGCGGCUGAAGGAUAACUUUGACAAAUUUUGUAAGACAGUAACGAUAUCGACAUCGCGAAAUGUCUCGGAGCUCAGUUGAUUACUUCUCUUAACGUUACGGUUAGAAUCCUUCUAUUUUUUACUUUACGUCAUUUCUAUACGCGUCAUGCGAUUACCGCGCAAGUUAAUACGACGACCACGCACACGGGAUAUUCCUAGGCACAGGAACAUUAUAGCCACAAAUGUCGAAUCCAUACGCACAUACACAUACGCAUAAAUUAUUUUUCACGGUUAAUUCCCUUCGUUAACGUCGCAGAGUGUUAUGUACAGUAUACUUUUAUCGUCGCACACGUACACGAAUACCAGACAUACAUAUAGAACGUGUCGAAAUCCUUGAAAUCCUCGCGACUCUGAAAUCAUUCGUUCGCCCUACGAAAUUUCCCCGAUGGGAGUAUCAAAGGAAAGUGAAAAGUCACGUGAUUUUUAUGCGCGAAAUAAAAAAAAAAAGAGGACUUUACAAAGUAGCGAGACUUCUUACGAUUAAAAAAUGACAGAUGGCCGACAGAUUAUUGACAGUGAUUCAAGAUUUUCACGUGGACGCUCCGUGCGUUCGAGCUGGGACACACGUAUGCACGUGCCUGUGCGUACACAAUACCUGGGACAUCCUGCGCACACGCGUAACCGCCGCUGCGGCGAUUCGCGGGAAUCCUAAGAGUGUAUUUUUCUAAGUGCUUCGUUUUUCUUCCUUUCCGUUUUAAUUUUCCUAUGGGGGGGGGGGGGUGGGGGGCGUUACCGACAAUACUGAUGGUUAAGUUCAGCAUACGGGAAAGGGAGGAGGGACGGGCGAGGUGUACGACAGCAUGCACACAUGGGACCUCACACUUAGGCGCCGUGCAUCAUGCACGUGCGUAACGCGUUCCGCGACAGGCAAGUAAGAAUCUCGUUGCGCACAAUCGUACUAUACUCGGCGCUAUCUCGCAUAAGUUAUAUAUUUUAUUACACAUUGGUGGGACCGUUGGCAGAGAUACCGGCAAGGGAAAAACGAGCCGCCGUCACGUUUCGAUACUCCGAUUGCUUUCUCGUCAGAAAGCGAGAGGAUGGGAGUGGGCGAUGUGGGGAUAGGCGCGGCGCAGAGGAACGAACGCGUAUACUAAAUUGGAAAGACGAGAGAUUGACCAUUCGAGAUACCAUUAGGAGGAAAAAAAAAAAAAAAUUGCGAAGGCGAUAAGGCGCGGUAGAAAUCGUAAUGUAAGAAUAAUAUAAGAUCGAAUUGGCUUUCGAACGAGAAAAAGAAAAAAGUAAUUUACCGCUGUUCUAUUCGAAGACUCUUCUUCUAUGUGCGCCUAACUUGUUCAUACGAAAUCACGCGACGUCUUCGUCUUCAAAGUCCUUGCCUGCUCGGCGUACUCCUCGCGUACUUUUCGUGGCGCGUUUCGUUUUUCUUCGGUCGCAUUUAUCGUAUGGAGAUCGCGAGUCCGUUUUGUCCUUCGACAGUAAUGUUACGUGAUCAGUACAAAAGUCCUUGAAGGAAGAAGACGAUGCAAAUCGACGAAUGGAACGCCCGAUGAAAGGGCGAAUGGGAAAGCCCGAACGCGAUUUGCGCGAUAUAUCGGCGGAUGUGCUUGAAGCAAGAAGCAUUCGAAAAUAUGGGCCGUCGAUAACCAGUGCUCGUCUGAUACUUGAAGAAAGAUGCACUCUCAAACGCAUGAACGAUACGUACGUCUGAAAGACAUUUCGGAGAUAACUUAUAGACCUUCUAGACCGUAAGAGAGGUUUCUUCAGGAAUAUCGAGUGUUUUGUACCGUUGGUAUCGCUCGCGUGGACCACGAACCGCCAAUAACUUAUACCGACGCUCUCUAGAAACGAGUCUUAGCACGGCAGCGACGCUAUUUACCAGUGACAUUAAAUUGCUUGAUCUUUAAUUUCUUUUCAAGUGUCAAACGAGCUCGGAAGCUUCCAAGCACAUUCGGAUUACAAGUAGUCGAGCAGCCGAUAGCAUCGAGCCGUCAUCGGCGAGACGGGUGACGUGCUAAUCGUACUUUGUGACUUUAGCGAUAGAGAUAAUUUAUACGGAAACCAAAAAAAAAAGAAAGAAAGAAAGAAAAGGAGAAAUACGUGUAAGAAGUCUCAAACGAAACGUACCAAAAAUAGCGCGUGCCAAUGCGCAUGAUUUAACUUUUAGUCUAGCUGCGUUAGUAGGGUGUAUCGAGAGCCUCGGUGAAGCUGUGCGCUUUUCUGUCGAGAGAGUGAUCUCGGUCGCGACGGGGGAUUGACGCUCGUUGUCGCGAGAUACGUGGAUUCGACCGAUCAUGAGCGUCGGUUUCUAGCGUACGAGGAAUUAGCAAUUUUAAAUUAUCGUAUUUAACUGUACCUCUAACAAAAUUAGCUACUGUGACUGUUUUUCAAGAGGAUCAAACGGUGCGUGGGGCUAGACUUCGACCGAUUCAUUAGAGGAGAUGAUCGCCUUCGAAUCCGGCUGCUCGCACGCGACUUGAUCACUAUGCGGUCACUUUAAACGCGACGGGAGACGAAAUCGAGCGUGAAAAACGUUGCCUGGGAGAGAGAGAGCCUCUUGGCCUCGUUCGAUGAGAACCAAGAUUCGUCCCCUCUCAACCCCGCUCGAUUACACGCGAACCUGAGAUUUAGUGAGAGAUCGAAUGACCCGUGAUAUGCAACGUACGGUAAAUCGAAAUCAUGCGUGAUGGUGAUCGUUUCUCGGUUCUAGUCAAUCUAUCGAGGAGCUCGCCGGCGACAUGCCGGCGAAGCCGUCGUUUUACCGAGAGUGUAUAUCCGAGAGGAGAGAAGUGAGGGUCUGGGAGGGAGGGCUGUUCACACGCGCAAAAUUAAUUUAAUUACGUGAAACGUUCGUAGAUAUCAAGCGAGCAAAACGUCGAGGACAAGCAUGAGGGGUCGGGGCGUGAGGAAUACGCGAGUGUGUAUUUGUAAGAUUUAUCGGGUUGCCAGUUUAUAUACGACUCAGCAUUAAGAAGCGAUGGUGUCUGUGUGUGGGGAACGUGUGCGUUUCUUGAGUGCUAAGGCGAAAAGUGCGGGCGGCUUUACCGCGAGCGUAGGACGUUAAGUGCGACGAAAUCGAGAGAGGAAAUCAAGUAGACGAAAUAGAAAGCUAGGCGAGUCGAUCGCGCCGCGUGACGGACGGGUCUCGAGUCUAUAGAUAAUAUAAUACUAUAUUAUACAAUAACAUAGUAUUAUGUGAUAUUAUAUUAAUUAUGUAAUAUGUAAUAUACGCUCGAGACGCGCGAAACCACCCCAUCGGAGCGCGCCCUAAGCCCUUUCGCGCCACGUCUCGCUCGUUUCCUUUCGCGUUUCUUUUGCUCCGCUAUUUCUCACGGCACGCGCGUACAAGCGAGCUCUCUCCCUUCGACGCGCACCUCGCGACGCACAUUUUUCAUUUCGUUUCACCUCACACUCGUCUCACAGCCGUACGGUCGUAAGGGACUUUACCAUCGGACCAAGCGCGACGAUCCGGUAUCUCGGAUGUCUCGUUCGAGAUAAUAAACUCUCGCCAGGGUGGCCUAGUUCGUGCAUCGACAUCGGGAAAUUCAAGUUUCCGCAGCGAUCGAUUUAACGCGACAGUGAAAGUCGUCUUACAUCGGAGAUAUCUGAAAAAUUGCCUUCUUAAACGUCUGAGAGAAAUGGUACCUUUUUAAACGUUUUCACGUUUGUGAUAAAGCGAAGAUUUUUUAUCGUUUUUAUUUUAUUUUAUUUUAUUCUAUUUCUGUUUUAUUUUUUUUUUUUUGUAGGAGAGGAAAGAUAUAACGAUUAUUAUUGAUACACCGAGGCGUUUUUUCGCGGACAGUCUUUAUUCAGAUGUAUAUCCCCAGGGAGGUUUUAUACGUAGCGAUAUGGCGUUUGCGCGCAAUGAUCCACGUCAUUUUCAUAUCAACCUACCAAUCGCGGUAAACGGGGAAGGCAGUGCGAAAGAAAAGUCGCUCAGCACGGUCGCGAUUUCGUUGACGAGGCAACUUGAUCGCGGAACUGAGAGAAUCUGAGAGAGUCAUGCCGCGAAGGAUCUUUUUGUCCGAGGUAAAUCGAGUUCUCCCGAUGGAAAAAGAAUGAACUCGAAUCGACAGCUAAAAUGCUUCGCGAUGUGAGAUCGAUGAGGAAUUACUUUUUCGUCCUUGUUUAUUGCCACGGGACGCCCGCGUGACAAACGUUGCAACUUUGUGGCGCAAAACCGGCACCAGUCGUUUUUAUGCACGGUGACUUUUUUUUUUUAUUACACGACAAACAUAAAACGUUUCUCUUUUGUGCACAGGAAAAAGGUGUACUGUAAAGACGAUAGAUGGAUCAUGUGUCGAGUGUCUGCUAUUUAUUUCUAAUUAUAGAUAUUCAAUCUUGUCGGUGUUUCUGUUAGAAUUAAAUUCAGGUCCAGCUUUCGUUCGUGGCGAGUUAAAGUUGCGACGUUUUCACGAAUGAAUUCCGGGGGCGUCUCAUCGACGGAUGGCCCGUGCGACAGCGCGAGUUGCUUCGUGGCACAAGCGUGCGACUUAAUUUCGCUUUGGUGAAACUGUAUCCGAGAUGCGAGAAGGUCCUUUUAUUUUGUAUUACUGUCCCUAAGAUUAGUGUUACUGACUGUGUAGUCGCGCGAUAACGUAGCUGUAUUAUUCAUUAUUCACCAUGAUUGCCAUAUUGUUGUAAAAUUAGCUUAAUACACAGAACAGCCGGUAGAAGCUAUUGUGACGAGUAAUAUAUAUAUAAUUAUACAUACAAAUAUAUAAUUAUACAUAUAUAAAUAUAGAGAUAACGUAUUAGUUAUACUACUGCUAAGUCAUACUUUUAUGUGUGUGUAUGCGUGUGGCCGCGCGUGGACGGAUGGAUGGCACGUAUGUGUGUAGCAUUUCUAGUCACGUAAUCGAACCAAAAAAGAAAAGAAAAGAAAAA